UUGAAAAACUAAAACAGUAGAUGGCGGUAAUGCUUCAAAAGCUUGAAUGCCAACCGCCAAAGAAAAACUAAGAAGAAGAAGAAGAAGAAGAAGAAGAAGAAGAAGAAGAAAGGAAGUACCCGAAGAAGAAGAAGAAAAAAAAGGCGGAGGAUAAAAUGGAAGCAGCAGUAUUUAUUCUUUCGCUUGUGGACUGCUGUGCGCUGAUUUUCCUUUCGGUUUACUUUAUUAUCACCUUGUCAGACCUGGAAUGUGACUACAUCAAUGCUCGAGCAUGCUGCUCCAAACUGAACAAAUGGGUGAUCCCAGAGAUGGUUGGUCAGUGUCUGUCUACCAUGAUGAUGUUGGUGUCCAUGCACUGGUUUAUAUUCUUACUCAACCUGCCUGUAGCCGCCUGGAACAUUUACAGGUAUGUAAAGGUUCCCAUGGGAAACAUGGGCGUGUUUGACCCGACUGAGAUUCACAACCGAGGUCUUCUGAAGUCCCACAUGAAAGAGGCCAUGAUUAAACUAGGCUACCACCUGCUCUGCUUCUUCAUCUACCUGUACAGCAUGAUCCUGGCUCUGAUCAACGAUUGAAGUCCUUAGCCACUGAGUCCAGCUUCCAGAUCCCCACACCUUACAUCUGUACUGGAUCUCAGAAAUCUCUCAGAGCAGACCGCUUCUUCUAUCACUGAUCCAGACUUUCAAAUAUGAAUAUGGUUAAUAUUUAACCUCCCUACACUCCAUAUCAUCAGGACUUCCAGUCUCACUCCAAGAAUAGUCUUUAAUUUGGACAACAAACCCUCUUUAUGUCCCAAAAACCAGCUGCUGCAGAUUCUAGACUUUUUAUAGUGGGGAAAAAUCUUUGUCACCAGUUCAAAACUCACAGAAACUAAAGACCAGUUCCAGUUUUAAAUGACCUGUAGGUUUAUUUAUCUGAAUGUUUGGUGUCACUGCCAGGUGCCAGUGUGAAUAGAAAGUGUCAACUCAAAAAGAAGGUCUUGAUGGUUGUGUUGAUCAAAUUCCCCCCAGUUCAGAUUAUGUUCAACUCACAAGCACUAAAAAACAAGAAUUGACAAAUAAAUGGAUAAAUAGAUGAAAAGUGAAGGAAUCUUGGGACGUGCUUGAGCCUGAGCAGGGGUGGUGUCAACAGGUUUAUUAGAUCGGAUCAGUCUGACCCAGUCUUGACCGAUGAGAUGACCGUUGAUUAUUUUUCUGUGAAUCAGCAGCAGGUGUUUUUCAUUAUUGGAUCUGACGUUCUCCAGAUGUUUCUGUCAACCACUGAUCCAUCUCGUCCAGCACCCCCUGCUCUGAGAGCUUUUAGAAACCAGAACUCGUCCAUCAUCAAAGCUUCUCGCAGACCUAAGAUCAGAGUUCAGGUGGGUGCUGUUUGAUGGUCAGAUCUGCUGGGUUCAGCAGAGUCAGACUGGAGAACACAUCCAGACCUGAUCCUGGACCAGGCUUGCAUGCUGGAGGUUUUACUGAACUGUUGACAACAUUUUUAGUCUUUUCAUUUCGAACAAUCAUUUGAGGCUUUUUAGUUUCUUCGUCCUGUCACAUUGUAUUGUUGAUGCUCCAAGUUUUUUUAAUAAAUAUAUAAGCCAUCCUGAGUCCUGGUUCCCAACUGGACUGGUUCUGAAACCUGGUUCUGAUCAUCUGUAAAUGAAACACUUUGAUCAAGUGUUAGGUUUCUUUUAUCUGAGG